CCCUCUGCGACCCCAGUCGCCUGGCGCACCGGCUUCUGGUGCUGGCGCUGAUGUGCUUCCUGGGCUUCGGUAGCUAUUUUUGCUAUGACAAUCCUGCUGCCCUUCAGACUCAGAUUCAAAGGGAUAUGCAGGUGAAUACCACGAAGUUCAUGUUGCUGUAUGCCUGGUAUUCUUGGCCCAAUGUAGUUUUGUGUUUCUUUGGUGGCUUUUUGAUAGACCGAGUAUUUGGAAUACGAUGGGGCACCAUUAUUUUUAGCUGCAUCGUGUGCAUUGGACAGGUUGUUUUUGCACUGGGUGGAAUAUUCAAUGCUUUUUGGUUGAUGCAAUUUGGAAGGUUUAUAUUUGGAAUUGGUGGGGAGUCCUUAGCAGUUGCCCAGAACACCUAUGCUGUGAGUUGGUUUAAAGGCAAAGAAUUAAACCUGGUGUUUGGACUCCAGCUUAGCAUGGCUAGAAUUGGAAGCACAGUCAACAUAAACCUCAUGGGAUGGCUGUAUGCCACGAUGGAAGCCUCACUGGGCUCUGCGGGCUACACAGUCCUUGGCGUCACCCUCCUGAUUGGAGGGAUAACGUGCAUUCUUUCACUCUUGUGUGCCUUCGCCCUUGCUUACUUGGAUCGGAGAGCGGAAAGGAUCCUUCAUAAAGAACAAGGAAAAACAGGUGAAGUUAUUAAGCUAACGGACGUGAAGGACUUCUCCUUUCCCCUGUGGCUCAUCUUCCUCGUCUGUGUCUGCUAUUAUGUGGCGGUGUUUCCUUUUAUUGGGCUCGGGAAAGUUUUCUUUAUGGAGAAAUUCAAAUUUUCUUCGCAGGCAGCAAGUGCAAUUAACAGUGUGGUGUAUAUCAUAUCUGCUUCCCUGUCUCCAGUGUUUGGCUUGCUGGUGGAUAAAACAGGAAGGAACAUCAUCUGGGUCCUGUGUGCAGUGGCGGUCACUCUCGUUUCCCACAUGAUGCUGGCCUUUACGCUGUGGAACCCCUGGAUUGCCAUGUGUCUUCUGGGAGUCUCCUAUUCAUUGCUUGCCUGUGCAUUGUGGCCAAUGGUGGCGUAUGUAGUUCCUGAACAUCAGCUGGGGACUGCGUAUGGCUUCAUGCAGUCCAUCCAGAAUUUAGGGUUGGCGAUCAUUUCCAUUAUUGCGGGCAUAAUAUUGGAUACUCGGGGAUAUUUAUUUUUAGAAGUUUUCUUCAUUGCCUGUGUUUCCAUGUCACUUUUAUCUGUGGUCUUGCUCUAUUUGGUGAAUCGUGCCCGGGGUGGUAACCUCAAUUUUUCUGCAAAACAGAGGGAAGAAAUAAAGCUUUCCCAUACCGAGUGACAAGUGUGAAUGACUGUGCCUUGAGAUGUGGCUGCACACCCCAUUGGUCUGAACACCUCCAUCGUUUUUUAUUUAGAAUUUGAUCAUUAAGGAAAAUCACGGACUAGAAGGCUAUUGUCUUUAUAAUUUGAAUAUAGCCUUUCCCAAACAUAUCUGUGAGGAUGGGUGUAGCUGGCUUCUUUUGUGUGGCCUGUCGAUGACAUGGAGGAGAGUUCUGUCCUAGAGCCGCUCGUCGGCAGUGCCGACUGUAGAAAAGUGCUCAGGAGCAUCCGGGUGGACGGCACUCAGGAUGGUAGAUAACGGAGAAGACGUUGGCCUGAGGUACUUUUUACUAAGCAUAUCUUAGAGAAUGGCUUUUAAAAAGUCUUAAAGGGAAAAAAACUUUGGGGGGAGGGUUAAGAAGGGUUGUUUUAUACAGAAUUAAACUAUUAAACUGUGACAUUGAAGCUCAUCAUUCCCUAUUACCUCUCUUUGUAAAAGAUAUUUUUACUUGGGAAGUUAUCUUUCAAGUCACAAAUAGCAGGUUGUGUUCUGCCUCUUUCCUGACUGGAGGCUGCUGAGCAGGGACCCUUUUGAGCUUCCUUACCUUUCUGUCCUGGGACCCUCUCCCCUUUGGGACAUAAUGUUGUGGAACACACUUCUUGCCCUGUUUUUUUGUUUUUGUUUUUCCUUACAAUCUAAUAAUGGAAAUAUAUCCUUCAAAUGAUGGUGGUUAAUUGUAUAUCUCUAUGGAUAAAUAAAAAUGAAAUUAAUAAAAAGA